AUGAAACAACUGAAUGCAAAUGUGAUCCAAGCCAUUCUUUACACUACUUGGUUCGGAAAUGUUGUUCCUGUGCCGAAAAAGGAUGGAAAGACAAGAGUUUGUGUUGACUAUGGAGAUUUGAACAAGGCUAGUCCAAAGGACAACCAUUUCUUGCCAAAUAUCCACAUUCUAGUUGAUAUUUGUGAAAAACACGAGAUUCAAUCUUUUGUGGACUGUUAUGCGGGGUAUCAUCAAAUCUUGAUCGAUGAAGAGGACGCUGAGAAAACUGCUUUCACCACUCCACGGGGACUUAUUGCUAUAGGUUUUGUUGUCACUAGAAAGGUAAUCAAAUUUGAUCCAUCCAAAAUAAAAGCCAUUUUGGAUUCGCUACCCCUGAAAAAUAAGACCGAAGUCAUGAGCCUACUUGGGAGGUUAAACUACAUUAGCAGGUUUAUUGCUCAAUUCGCAACUACUUGUGAGCCCAUUUUCGGACUUCUGCAGAAGGAUGCUGCUGUCAGAUGGACAGAAGAUUGUCAACAAGCUUUUGAAAAAAUCAAAAUGUAUUAG